CCCCGACCGCCGCUCCCGCGCCCGGCCGACCCUGCAGCCGCCCUCGCCACGCCCGGCCCCCGACGCGCAAGGCCGCCCCAUCCCGCCCCGGCCGCCGCCGCGCCCGGUCCCGACGCGCCCACGGCUCCUUCUGCAACAGCUGAUGGCGUCGUCGUCGUCCUACCCCAGCAGUGCGGUCCUUGCAGACUCUGUGCUCGGCCAGAAAGCUGGCGUCAUCGUCGACGAGGUGUCGGCGCCUGAGAGUUCAACCCUGGGGGCUAGGACUGGGAGGUAUGCCAUGAUCUUUGACGCCGGCAGCAUAGGGAUCCGUGUACACGUCUUCAGGUUCGACAGGAAGCUCGACCUCCUCGAGAUCUGCGACGAUGGCAUCAAGGUGUUCGCCAAGGUAAAGCCCGGGCUGAGCUCAUACGCUGGACAACCCCAAGAGGCUGCAAAUUCCAUGCUGCCUCUUCUUGACAAGGCCAAGAGUGUCGUCCCUAAACAGCUGACGAAAAGGACCCCACUUAGACUCAGAGUCAGGAACCUUAUCCACAUUAAGAGCAAAUUUCAGUACAAGCCCGAGUGGAUCAAUGUUAUUGAGGGAUCUCAAGAGGGAUCAUACCUAUGGGUAUGACUUAAUUAUCAAACACAAACAAACAAAAAAAGACCUUUGAGGAAAUGCUAGCUUUUGUCACCUCAUUUUAAUAUAUGUACCCCUAAUACUAUGUGUUUGAGUGCUCUGAGCAUGGGUUGUUUAUUAGGUUGCUCUGAAUUAUCUGUUGGAUAAACUGGGAGGGACUACUCACAAACAGUAGCUGUGCUUGACAUGGGCUGUGGAUCAGUGCAAAUGGCCUUUGCCAUAUCUGCAAAUGCCGUUGCAAGUGCUCCAGCGCCGCCUCAUGGGGAAGACCCCUAUGUUACAAGAGAAUAUCUUAAAGGAAAAGAUUACAACAUCUAUACUCAUAGGUUUGAUGAACAUAUAUAUUGUAUCAUAUAAUAGUGUGUGUAUACAUUUUGUUUUAUUAAUUAGUUACAGAGCCAUUAUGUUAAAAAGAAAGAUGAUCUGUACAUUUGAUUUUGACUAUGCUUCUUUUUUUAGAAACAUUACAAGUUGCCUGAAGGAGAUACUCAUACGGAACUUGUGACGGAACCUCCCAAGUCAUUAGGUCCACCUACAGUUGUCCUUGUCCAACGGACCUCAGACAACCCUGUAGGUGCCCCUGAAUCACUUGACAAGUUCGGUAUCUGCUUUUCUUACCUUUCCCAAGAGCGUUUCACCCGUCACGCAGACAUUACAAGCAUCGGAGUUACGAGAAUGCGGAAGCAAUUACAUGAACUUACCUUUGUUUAAAAGUAAGAUAGAG